AUGUCAGAUAUGCUCAUGACGAAAAGUAAGAAACUGGGAGGAACCGGAAUUCAUCACCACGCUAUUUCUAAAUUUGCUUUUUCAGCUGUGGGUACUGGUCGAAUUGUAUACUACGUUGGUGCUUACGCAGAAGAAUCAGACCUCCGAGAGGUUUCUUCUCGUCUGAAAGCUGAGUGA